AUGCAAGAAAGACUAGAAGAAGAAGUGGAUGUGAACGCCACUCCAAAACGUAGAGAUCGUCUAUUCACGAGGCUUUCCAAGGGAUUUACCCAUUCCAGUCAAGUCGUACCGUCCUAUGGAGAGUUUCGUCUAGGACAUGGAGACCCUCUCAUGAAAGCAACACUCGAAUAUGAACGUAUGCAGGCAACUGGAAAUGCUAAUAUGACUCCCAGGAUCUCACACACGAAGAAGCUAACAGAGAGGACCUUUGAUGUAUAUGUUGACAAAGAGGUUCACUUGAAGCAGCAUGGAUCCCCACUUGGUGGAGUUGGAAUCAGUGACGUAGUUCAUUUCGACGACACUACGGCGCUAGCAAUCCCGUGCAUUCCUCUAUUUGAUCAAUCGAUGAUUGAAGAAAGCAAAGAGUAA